AUGAAGCUCCACACCUCAGCUAUCCUCGUCAUCCUCUGCCUUGGCAUCUUCAUUGUGUGCACAGUGAAAGGGAGUGCUGGAAGUCAGUCCAUGCGCAAAUUCAGUUGUGUAAAGCUGCAUACAAAACAACUGAACAUCCGAAAUUUUGCAAAGUAUGAAAAGCACCAUAUGCCAAUAAGUGCCAUCGUGUUUAUCAAUAGAAACGGUGUCAGAAUCUGCCUAAGUGCUGAUCAGAAAUGGGUGCAGACUGCUAUGAAGAAAAUAGACCAAAGGUUGGCAUCAUCUAGGAAUGGUAUUUCCCGAUCUAGUGUUACCAGUGAAACACCCCAGACCAGGCGUUAUUCACCAACUCCCCUUCCCCCUACUCCUUCAGCGGGAUGGAGAAGAGAAUUGGAGACACAAAAGGUGGCAAGCCGAAAGGAAAUCCAUGACUUAAAAGAAGCUUCCAGUGUUAAUGAAACUUCCCAGUCUGACCAUCCACAAGACUCCCAGACAGUUGCACUCCCAGCACCGAAGACAUUAACUAAUGGGACCAAAGCCUCUUCACAGCAGCUCCAGUGA